AACUGCUCCCCGAAGCGAGAGGACCGAGGGAUUUAAGAGCAGUUGGGUUUUGGUUUUUUUGACUUUCUAUGAAGUUCACCGGAGAAUAAAGGCUGCUUCUUCCUCUGAAUGCUCGGUGCCAUCUGAUAUCGCACAGGCAGACAUUUGCUGUCCAAACGGAAUAAAUCGGGUCAGUGGCGGGGAAUUCUUGGAUCGUUUCUUGCAGCGUCAGAGGCCGCCAUUCUGCUGGACAGCAUGCGAACGGAGGAUGUUGUCUGAGUUGGGCCUUGCUGCUCUGGGUCUCACCGCGUCGUCCAGAGGAAUGACGGCUCUGUGGUGCUCACUCUGGCUUUCCUUCCUUCUGCCUCUGUGCGUCGCUCCGGCCAGGCUGCCCACCGCUCAGCCCACAGACUCUGUGUCCAGCGAGACAGCCUUCCUGGAGGACUAUGUUCUGGGCAUGGGGGACACCCUGGAAAUGUCAUGUGACCUGGAAGACGCCUCAGAGCCCGUCGUCUGGUUCAAAGAUGGCGCAGGACUGGUGCCUAGUAACCGGACGCGGCUGGGUCAGAGGAUGUUGCGCAUCAUCAACGUUUCAUACGAGGACUCGGGCGUCUACUCAUGCCGGCUCGCCCACAGCAACGCGCUGCUCAGCAACUACACCAUCAGGGUGACAGAUUCUCUGUCGUCUGGUGAUGACGAAGACUACGAUGAAGAUCCAGAAGAUGCAGGUAAUGGAAAUGAAGCGCCAUAUUGGACCAGGCCUGACCGCAUGGACAAGAAGCUUCUGGCAGUUCCUGCUGCCAACACUGUCAAGUUCCGCUGUGCCGCGGCCGGAAACCCAACGCCCACCAUCCACUGGCUGAAGAACGGCAAAGAGUUCAAGGGAGAGCAGAGGAUGGGAGGCAUCAAGCUGAGACACCAGCAGUGGAGCCUGGUGAUGGAGAGCGCCGUGCCCUCAGAUCGGGGAAACUACACCUGCGUGGUUCAGAACAAGUACGGCGCCAUCACCCACACCUACCAGCUGGACGUGCUAGAGCGCUCCCCUCACAGGCCCAUCCUUCAAGCAGGCCUGCCAGCCAAUCAGACGGUGGUGGUGGGCAGCGACGUGGAGUUCCACUGUAAGGUUUACAGCGACGCCCAGCCACACAUCCAGUGGCUGAAACAUAUUGAGGUCAAUGGCAGUCGCUACGGCCCCGAUGGCAUUCCCUACGUCAACAUCCUGAAGAGUGUGGUCAGUAAACACACUGAAGCCCACAGUAAGUUGAAACUGUCCAACGUGACAGAGAAAGAUGCUGGGAAGUACUGGUGCCGCGCCUCAAACUUUGUAGGCAAGUCAGAAAACGCUUUCUGGCUCAAGGUACACGAACCAGCAGUAAGCCCGGAGAAGGAAGACUACUACGUCGACAUCCUCAUCUACGUGACGGGCUGCGUGCUGUUCAUCCUUGCCGUGGUCAUCGUCGUCCUCUGCCGCAUGAGGAUGACCACGCAGAAGACACUGCCCACGCCACCCGUGCAAAAGCUCUCAAAGUUCCCCCUCAAGAGACAGCAGGUGUCCUUGGAUUCCAACUCCUCCAUGAACUCCAACACACCAUUGGUCAGGAUCGCUCGCCUGUCAUCCAGCGAUGGACCAAUGCUGGCCAAUGUUUCAGAGCUGGAACUACCGUCUGACCCCAAGUGGGAGUUUCCCCGAACACGGCUAACUCUGGGAAAACCCCUGGGCGAGGGCUGUUUCGGUCAGGUGGUGAUGGCAGAGGCCGUCGGCAUUGACAAGGAGAAGCCCAACAAGCCGCUCACUGUUGCUGUGAAAAUGCUAAAAGAUGAUGCCACAGAUAAAGAUUUGUCGGACCUGGUUUCAGAGAUGGAGAUGAUGAAGAUGAUCGGAAAACACAAAAACAUUAUCAACUUGCUGGGAGCUUGCACGCAGGACGGUCCUCUGUACGUCCUGGUGGAAUACGCCUCUAAAGGAAACCUGAGAGAGUACCUGCGGGCGCGGCGUCCGCCGGGCAUGGACUACUCCUUUGACACCUGCAAAAUCCCUGACGAGCAGCUCACCUUCAAGGACCUGGUGUCCUGCGCCUACCAGGUCGCCCGAGGCAUGGAGUACCUCGCCUCGCAGAAGUGUAUCCACAGAGACCUGGCAGCCAGAAACGUCCUUGUGACGGAGGACAACGUAAUGAAGAUCGCAGACUUCGGUCUCGCCAGAGACGUGCACAAUAUAGACUACUACAAAAAGACCACCAACGGUCGUCUGCCCGUGAAAUGGAUGGCUCCGGAGGCUCUGUUCGACCGGGUCUACACGCACCAGAGCGAUGUGUGGUCCUAUGGUGUGUUGUUGUGGGAGAUCUUCACCCUGGGAGGCUCGCCGUACCCAGGAAUCCCAGUAGAGGAACUCUUCAAGCUGCUGAAGGAGGGGCAUCGGAUGGACAAGCCUGCCAACUGCACGCAUGAACUGUACAUGAUCAUGAGGGAGUGCUGGCAUGCGGUGCCAUCGCAGAGACCGACCUUCAGACAACUGGUAGAGGACCACGACCGGGUUCUAUCAAUGACCUCCACAGACGAGUACCUGGACCUGUCGGUGCCCUUUGAGCAGUACUCGCCCACCUGUCAGGACUCCAACAGCACCUGCUCCUCGGGAGACGACUCAGUGUUCGCCCACGAUCCGCUGCCCGACGAGCCCUGUCUUCCCAAACAGCUUCCCAGCAACGGGGUGAUUAGGACAUAAAACCUGAGCUGAGAGGGGAGGGUGGACGUUGACCUCCUCUCACAGUUUGUGACUAAUAAUCACCUCCCAGUGACUCAAACUCCUCAAGAUGUGGAAAUAAAAACUCCGCAUGCAAUACUUCCACAGUGCUUCAGCUCUUCGAUACGUCUUAAACUCUUGGUCGAAGAUCCUCUUCGAACGAGUUUCUCUUCCUCCUCCUCCUCCUCCUCCUCCCCACGGGACUCUUUAAACAUUGAAGGAUUAUUUUUUGCCGUUGAACCGUGUUUGUGUUCUUCUUUUCAGAAAUGAAAUUAUAUUUUUGUACUCGGGCCAGUCUUUUGUUACGGACAAUCUGUGGGGUGAAACCAUUCCGUGCCUACUCGGAUAAAACCUCCUGACAUUCAGAUAAAAAAAAUUUUAAAAAAAAGACAAAAAGGAUAUAAGAGGAGGGAAUGAAGGGCAUUUGGUCAGUGACUGGUUAGCGAUCCAGUAGGCGAGGACCUCAGAUUUUUAUCCCCUCGUCUGCACGGAGCCCAGAGAUCGCCACACGAGUUCGCGAUCUGAAAGAAAAUCUGUGGACAGGAUACCAGCAAACGAUGGGACUCGUUCUUCCGAAGAUACCCAAUAACUUGUCUCAACUUUCAAAAAAGAUGUUCAGCAACAGAAGGGAUUACAUGAGCAUAUACAUGUUUUUUCUCAUGAAUUUGUACACCAUCAUCACGUUUCAGCAUCCCGAAAAGGAAAAAAAAACAAAAAAAACGGUUUUGUGAUAAUCAUGGAACAAAUUCCUCAUCAAAUGUGAGGCGAAGUUUCAGGGCCAUUCAGUAAUAAGUACAGUAAGGUUUAGAGGGUUUUUUAUGUAUCUAGAAAAUGAUUUAUUGUAAAUAUAUAAAUGCAAAUAUGUAUCAUAUUGCUGUCCGCAGCCAUGUACUAAAAGACAAAAAAUUACAUUUAAAAAAAAAAAUUGUUUAGGAUGGAAGCAUUGCAAUCUAGAAGACACUGUCAUGAACGUGUAAAACAUUUAAUCAUUUAAAGUGAUACAGAAAAGGUUUAUUUGAAUAAUUAACGUGUAUAUUUGUAAAGAUAUUUAUAGACUUAACAUGUGGUUCUUAAGUUCGAAAGGUCUAGUUUAGGUUUUUAGUACUGUACGCAAAGAUUUUUAUUUCAGUGUUUUGUAACUUAUUUUACAACAAAACUGCGACGUUAUUUUCACAACUGGCAGAC